UCAAGAGAGAUGAGAGCAUUUGAGACAUAUGGGUGUUUGUCAGCUGUCAUCAGGGCUGUUCUUAUCACUGACUGGUUGCUGAUGAGUGUGAGGGGAGAUGGAGCAGAUUCUGAAGAACAACUAGAAAUUAAGUACGUUCUGAUCGGAUGUGGGAUCGGCCUGUUCCUAGUUGUUGGAUUCAUUCUGAUGAAGGUCUGCAUCAUCAGGAAGCAAGUGUGUGAAACAGAAAAGCCUCAUCAGAGUGCUCCGAGCCACCUCAGCCAAUCAGAGCGUCACGUGACGAGGGUGUCCAGUGACUUGUGAUGUUAAAGGUCAGGCAGAGUGAUGUGAAUCCUGCAAAGGAGGCAUGUGGGUGAAAGGUCAACCUGGCGGCCCAUUGUCUGCUCACGUUUUGCCACAAAAAUAUCAAAAAUAGAAGUGUUUUCCUGUUUUUGCCUCCUCAAUAUCGUGAAUCAUUAUAGUGUUCAUAAUUCAUAAUCCUCUGUAGAGGAUCUGUAAAAAUGCAUUUUGAU